AUUCUAGGGGUACUAUACUUCCACCGAGUCCACUGUGAAGGGUUUGUUCGAAAGCCGUGCGCUAGCUUCAAUUUUGUCGUAAGCCAACAAAAAAAGAAAAUCAACCGAAAAUGUUCGUGUCGACAGUCUCUCGCAUUGCCCCCGUUGCCAGGAGCGCUCUCCUCGCCAGCUCCAAGCAGUACUUGCGACCAUUGAGCAGCGCCGUCAUCAGCCAGAGCCAGACCUUGGCCGCUCAGAACACAACCCCAGUUGCACUGCUGCCACAGAUCCGGUCAUUCCAGACCUCGCCAGUCACCCGUGACAUUGAUUCGGCUGCCAAAUUCAUUGGUGCUGGUGCUGCCACAGUCGGAGUUGCUGGAUCCGGUGCUGGUAUCGGAACAGUAUUCGGUUCCCUCAUCAUCGGUUACGCCAGGAACCCAUCGCUGAAACAGCAGCUGUUCUCCUACGCCAUUCUGGGCUUUGCCCUGUCUGAGGCCAUGGGUCUGUUCUGUCUUAUGAUGGCCUUCCUGCUGCUCUUCGCCUUCUAAGCGCGCGCACUCAUCGAAUGCUCGUCCUUGUUUCCUGCAAUCGUGCGUGCGUGCGAUUGUAUGCCCUGUCUUCUGUCAAUCGAUUUGGCAGAUUUGGCGGGCGUGCAGACGCAUCCGCAUCCCAGCGGUGGCAGAGCGAAUGAAUAGUAGUAACCAACAACCAACAACAACAACACUUCAACAACCAGAACAAACAACACCAAUGUUCGUUUUUCGAUUAUUAUUGAUAAAAAUGAUUGAAUAAUUGAUAGCAAACAAGAACAUCCUGUACCACUAUCUAAUUAUAAAUACCAACAACCACAUAA